AUGCAGAUCUACGGCAGUACCCUGGCUUGCAUUGUGUACAGGACACUGUACCUGGUUGACACCAGCACUGGCAGGCUGCUGGAGAACAUUGCACUGAAGACCAAUGGCAUGCUGUUUCUAAACUCCAGGCAAAAGAAUGGCAUCCACUUCCUUUCCAGUACAGGGAUGUACUUGGUGAAGGAGUUGGGGGGGGACCCCACCAGCAAGCAGCUGGGCUGCUCCGACACCGCCAGACCAGAUGCUGCCUUGGUGGAGGCAGUCUUCGAAGAAGCCUGCAGGUACUACCAGCGCCGGAGCCUGAGCAGCACACAGCUGACUGUGGAGAAACUGAAAAGCGGGGGCAUGUUCCAGGCGCCCAUCUCCCUGUCUUCCAUUCUCGGGGUCUACAUGAAAACCAAGAAAGACAGUGAGUUGCCGCAGGGGGAAGGAGGUUACUCCAAGCUGCUGGCAUCGUUGGGCACGGAGCUAGAGAGCUUGAUGGCCUUGGAGCAGCUCAAGGCAUCGGUGGUCAGCGCCUCUGAUAGAAAGCUGAGCGUCUCUAGUGAAACUCUGGUGGGGCAAGAGGUGAACCGCCUGUUCUUCUCAGACCUGGACAGAGACAAUCUGCUGUACCUGAACGUCAUUUUUAAAACCUUCCCCCGAGAGUCUUGGCAAGCCCUGCAGGCUAGUUUGCGACUCGGGUCCAAUGGAGAGGGCUUCCUAACGGCCAAGGCAGCCCCAGAGGUCUGGAAGAUGGUCCUGAGCCCCGUGCAGGGAGCCCCGGCCCCUCUCUCCAGCAGCCAGCAGCAGACCCCCUCUAACGGAGCAGUGCCUGUCUUUGAGCUCAUCUGCCACUCCCUUUUCACCUUCCAGCCCAAGUGGCUGUACAGAUUUGUUGAGCUGGCGCAGCAGCAAGCAGGGGUCUCUUCCUGGAACUAUGGGGGCAAGGAGAGCCCGGAGAGCGUCCCCUUAUACAAGCGGGCCCUGCGUGUGCUGCCGAGGGAGGGGCAGGCGCAGGAGUUGCAGGUGGAGCUCUUGCUCUGCAGCCAGAGACCGAACGCUGUCAUGCAGGCCAUGCUCAUCCUGCUGGAGCUCCGGCGCUGGGAGAGGUUGGCCGAAGUGGCCCAGCGCUUCUCUCAACAGAGCCCCCUGCUCAACAAGGAGAUCUUCACCACCCUUCUCUGUGAGGUCUCACAGCACUGGGAUGUGGACCCUUACCUGGACCUACUUUGGACCUUGUGUCCCAAGGACAUGACUGUCACCAGCAGAAGUGAGCCCGGACCAUUCAGAACCGACAGGAACCAGAUGACCAUCGGGAUGCUGAAGCCGCUGUUGAACAAAGUGCUGCAAAGAGAGACCAAGCUGAGCCAAAGGUAUCUGGACAUCCACCAGUCCCCUUCCUUUCCCCCUCCCACUCCUCCGAGGCAGUCUCACACUGUGCCCAGGUCAGUCACAGAGCCCGCCAUGCCCACUCUCUCUGCGCCGAGUAUCUCAUCUAGUGUGAACAACACCAGCGUGGAUAAAAGCUGUUCCAGUCCCCGUCAUGAGAAUAAAUAG